UCAAAAGAGGGAGAAAAGAGUAAACACACCUUUAACUUUUUGCUGCAAACUAACUUGUGCUAAGUAAUACUGGAUUUCCAAAGUUGUACAUAUGAAUGGCAGAAGUUUAAUAGACAAAAUUUCUGGCCACGUAAGAUCUAGGAUGGCAAGAAUCUUUGCAAUCUCGGACAUCCACGUGGAUCAUCAAGUAAAUAAGGAAUGGGUGGAAGACCUUGACUCUGCCCGUUACAUCAGCGAUGUACUCCUAUUGGCUGGUGACGCAACAGACUCCUUGGAGCUUCUCGAGACCACCCUGAAGUCACUCAAGACCAAAUUCAUGGAAGUUUUCUUUGUUCCAGGCAACCAUGAGUUGUGGAUAAGAAACAGAGACACUUCAGAGACAUCAGUAGACAAAUUCAAUAAGAUCCUGAAUCUGUGCCGCAGAAUUGGUGUACACACGGAACCUUCCAAAAUACAUUUACCUGGCGGGGAGAAUGUUUGGAUCGUUCCAUUAUUCUCCUGGUAUGCAACGCCAGAAGAAGACCGACAAGAUUCCCUCUUCCAUGCAAGCUCUCUGGAGGACGUCACCUUGAAGAAACUUUGGAUGGAUAACCACAUGUGCAAAUGGCCAGAGAAUAUCGGGAGUCGCUCAAAAUACUUUGGGCGUCUGAACGAUGAACAUGUUCAUGAGUAUGACGCACCGGUCGUCUCCUUCAGCCAUUUUCUUCCACGGAAGGAUCUCAUCAGAGCUGAUGAAGAUGACGAGAAGAGCGUCGUGCAGGAACGAGAGCGGUUGGGUCUCUGUCCUGAGAUGCCGAAGCGUCAGGGGGCCAUGCAGGGGUUUAAUUUCACUCGCUACGCCGGUUGUCAUACCCUCGACAGACAGAUCCGGGAGAUACGAUCUGCUGUGCAUGUGUUCGGACAUCAACAUCGGAACCGGGACCGUAGCAUAGAUGGUGUCCGCUAUAUAUCUCAUUGUCUUGGUUAUAAGAAAGAACGAGAUGAAGGACUGACAUAUGGGAUAAACCAUUGGCAAGGACCAAAGCAAGUCUGGCCUAAUGAGUGAGCUCAUUUUGAACUGAAUUCUUGGCUUGCCCAUUUUUAAAUUAAAGUCACCUGGAAAUAGAUUUUUUUUUCUUUA